AUGGUGAGGAGGCAUGUGGAGAUCGAAGGAAAGGAACGGAGUUGGAUAAAUUCCGCUUGCGAGUGGUGCGAGACGGAGACGAAGAUUAAGGGGUAUGGAGAAAAGAAGGUGUUGGAGAGGGGAUUGGAAAAUGUGACGAAAUCUGAUGGUGGGUUGACGAGAUGUAGAUUGGAGAAAUUGGAUGAGGAUAAGGGGUUGGGAAGGAAUUCGAACCUGAAUUUGAAUGGAAAGAAAGAUUUCGUGGUUGGAUUAGAUGGGGAAGAAAGAGAAGAAACGGGGCCUUCUCCAACUUCGCCAUCUUCAAGUGUUUCGCCGACGAAUAUGACGGACAAAUCAUUGAAAUCGUCUACGAUGAAUGAAAGGAAGAUCAGAAAAAUCAUACGGAGAUUCUUCUUCUCCUCAGACAUCUAUGUCUCCAUCUACGAUCCUGCUGGUCAAGCAUUCGUGCCUAGUAAGACCAAACCGCUUCCAAAAUGGAUGUCAUUGCUUCCGAAUAAUGUACAUCGCGAACGGGAAGAAACAGAAGGCGAUACUAGUCAGAAGAAAUCACAAGCAGCGGUUUCGAGAGCGAAGCUUCCAGAAGCCUAUGCGGAUGGGGCUUCAUCUAGUCAUUCGGAUGAUUGUCAGGGAGAUCAUGGCCCAUUUACGUCCUGUCCAACGGAGGAGGCCCCGACGGAGGUUUCUCCUCGGGUACAUUCAGGGCAGGUGACGCCUAAAGAUCGACUCUCCUUCCGAGAACGAGCCAAUUCUGCCUCUGAAAGCACAUCAGAUAGUACCCGACGUCCAUCCGCAUCAACUCUCUCAUCUCUCGCCCUUCCCAGCCCCCAUCAAAAAGCAUGCAAAACCACUCGUCCUCGCUCCGUCUCCAUCGAAGAAAAGCUUCCCCGUCCACAUCAACAUCCCGCAUCUGCCUAUCGUCGUACAAAUCGCUCCAGCACUAUUGAAUCCGCCUGUAUCAAACCUAAGGGUCUAGUCCGAAUAAUUCCACACCCCGAACACACACCGCGGGACGUUUCAGAAAGACCGCUAACCCCCUAUCCCAAAAUUGACAGUCCGGAUCCCUUCCAAACCCAGCAUGUUUCCUCAUCCUCAUCUACUACCCACCCAAACUCGAAACCCACCCUCCUACACUCUCCCUCUCCAACUUCAUCACACCUCGAAAGGGCUCUUGCUGCGGACUCAGCACCUCUCUCGAAAGCGCAUCGUCUCGGCCAAGUAGCUCAGAACGUCAAGGAAGAAAAAGAAAGAAAGCGCGCGGAAACACAGAUUCAAACGGAAUGGAACUGGCUUGAUCAUGAAUCUAAAAUUCACACGCCAAAUGCAAUUGUGGAACAAGACGCGAAUGCGCAAGUGGGGGGUGGUAGAAGCUCGAGACGGAAUAGAGGGGUGAGUGAGGAUGAGGUGGGAAGGUUGUCGAGGGGUGGGAGUAGAAUGAGUGGGAGGAGGCGGAGGGGGACGAGUGGGGAGGAGAGGGGACAGGCGAGUAGAGUGGGGAGUAGGAAGGAGAGGGAGAGGGAGAGGGAAAGGGAAAAGAUGGAGAGGGAUAGGUUGGAAAAAGGAGAUAGUAGAGGGAAAGGGAAGGAGAAGCUAGUAGAGGAGGAAGAGAGUCGUAUAAAGGCUGAGGAUGAUGUUGGUGGUGGCGUUGAUGAGAGUAGGGAACAAUUGAAGAGGGAAUUGAAGGGGCUGUUUGGUAAGGAGUGA